AUUUUCUGCUCAUGAAAUUCUAAGGCUAACUUUUCAUGCAUGGACAUCCUUUUUGGUCUCUGCUGGAAGGUGGUGGCAGCAUCUUUUCUCUGGGAUGCCAUGCCAGAUGUGGAGGGUGCACAGUCACUGUGCACUGGAUCUUCCACCAGGGUUAGAAUAAUUUCUUCUGAGAAAAGAACACUGUUAGAUACAAAAACUCACAUGGUCCUUGGAAUGAAAUAAAAAUAAAGAUAGACACAGGCAGUGGAAUAAUCAUGUACAGAAGGAGGUAACUAAUUUACUUGCUAUUGUAUAUUUACCAUUUGUGCUCAGUUCUUCAUGUCCACUGUCCAAAUGGUCAUCAUCUGGUAUACCAUCCAGAGGUUGCUGGUCCUCUAUUAUUCCAGUCAACAAGUGAGCCAAUUCAUCGGUCUUGUCUUUACUUGGUGGGGGUCCACCACCAGUAGUAAAUCUCUCUCUUCUGGCCUCGGCAUUCCUUUUUUUCAAAUCUAAUUUGAUGUUCUUCCACAAAGUCUAUGAAGGCAGAUAUCAUUCAAUAUAAACAAUGUCACAAAACUAUAUCACUUCUGUGAUAUACAGAUCAUAAUAGACAUGUCUCACCUGCAGUUGCUGUAACGCUCUUGUGGUUACAUUUUCAUUUGAGUUAAAUUCACUGCAAAUGGCAGCCCAAGCAUUCCUCUUCUUAUGUUCAAUAGCAGCUGCAGCACUAUGACCUUUACUUUCAAUAACAGCAUGAUUUCCCACAAUUUGUUUAAGUAGAAUAUUUCAAACUCAGUAUAGUUCUUUGAGCGUGUUCUUUUAGCUUCAACCAUGUUUGGUGUCAAAAUUCCCUCCAGCAAAACUGUACUCAAUUCCAUUCCAGGUUUUUGUGAGCACCAUUAGGCUAACAGACUGUGCUCCCACUUAAGCUAAUGAGGUGUUCUGCUUUAAGCUUACUCCAGGACUCCACAGUCUGGGACUAACUAAAACAAAUAUAAGCCACGCUCAUGCAAGCCACUUAAAUGACCUAGCUUUACUAGUCUGAUUUAGGCCUACUCCUGGCUUGAUAUAAGCCUUGUCUGUGAAACCGGGCCAAUAUGACAUCAUUUUAAGUUAUGUGUGUUUAGUUUAAUUUUGUAUGCAAGUAAUUAAAUUGUAUUAUUUGCAAUAUUACAUUAUUGGUUAUCAUUUAAACGUUAUGCAACCGUUUUAGUCUCCUUUAGUUCCUUAAAAUCAGGCCUAAAAGCAUUACUGUUUCCUGAAGCGCACUCCUAAAUUAAAUACUUACCUGCGUUUCUCGUUGUUUGUCUCAUGGCUCGAGGAUCUUCAAAAAAGACCUGCCCAAACUGUGGGGAAAAAAUAUUCUGUGCACUUAGAUAUUGCGAUCAUUGCCGAUUCCGUCAACCCCAAAAACAGCGACUUCAAAAGAAACUGAAUAAGUUCCACAGUCAACAAAAAGAGUGGCUGGACUCCAUUAAGAAGAACAACCUUAAAUCCCACAUCGUGGACUAUGCCGCCAUUCUGCUUGAGAAGUUGCAUGUACUUGGUCUGAAGCCAAUGUUGCUGAUUGGGCACCCCAAGAACAAGAGAGACAAGACCUGCAAGACCACGGUUAUGCUUCCAGUGCACGCCCACCUCGGCCCGGCCGCCAAAAAAUGUGCAGACGAUAUUGAUGGCAUCUAUAAAAAGAUGGUUGAAGGUUGGACAAGCCAAGGUUCAGACCAAGUUGACGACACACUGCCACCACCCCAAGAAGAGGACCAAACCCCGACACAGCGAAAUGACUCACCACCCAAAGAAGAGGACCACACCCUGCCACAACCAAAUAAUCUACUAAAGCCUAAAGAAGAGGAAAUCUUUAUCAAGCUGGAGAGAGAAGACUCUCCACCACCACCAAACCGGGCCUCAGCCAUCCUGGAAACACCACAAAAUGGCCCAAAUAUGCAGCAGCAGCAGGGUCGACAUAAAAGAUUGAAAAAAAUUAAAGUACAAUUACAGAAUGCCCUCAUAACCAGUUGGAAACGUUCCCAGUGCAAGGCAUUCUACAGACAAGGAAGAGAGAGGGAAAGACGGAACACUUGUAUGACUGGCAGCCCUGCAGCACAUGUGGAACGACCUGGCCUCCAUCCUGGGAGCCAGCCUGAUUGUCCAAGGAGGCACCUUGGCUGAAAAUACAGCCAUCAAUCAUUAAAGUCUGCUGUUGCUGUGUUUAAUGUGUUUAAUAAAGUUCAACAUGACA